AUGGUCGAAGAAAGUCGAAGAGGUGGGAAGAGGGGCAAAGACUGUCUAACAGAUGCGAAGUGGGGCAAAGAGGCACAAAGAGGGUCAAAGAGGGUCAACGGAGGACAUAGAGGAUCAAAGAGGCACAAAGAGCCACGAAGAACAUCAAAGAGGCAUGAAGAUGGGCAAAGAGGGGCAAAGAGGGUCGACGAGGGACAAAGAAGGAGAAAGGAUGACAAAGAAGGACUAAGAGGGACAAAGAAGUUCAAAGAUGGUCGAAGAGGAGCAAAGACGAAUAAAGAAGGACAAAGAGGUGGAAAGAUGGGGGAAGAAGAUCAAAGAGGUGCAACCAAGAUCAAAGAAGGUCGAACAGGCGUAAUGAAGGUCAAAGAGGGGCGAAAGGAUCAAAGAGGGGUGAAGCAGGGCAAAGAGGAAGAAAGAAGGUCAAAGAGGGGCAGCCAAGGUCAAAGAGGUGAGCAGAAGAUCAAAAAGAGACAAAGAGGGUCAAAGAGGGACAAAGAAGGUCAAGGAAGUUCAAAGAAGGUCAAAGAAAAUCAAGGAAGAUCAAAGAAGGUCAAAGAACGUCAAAGAAGAUCAAGUAAGGUCAAAGAAGUUCAGAGAAGGUCAAGUAAGGUCAAAGAGGUAAAAAAGGUCAAAAAAGGUCAAAAAUAUCAA